GUGACCACGGGCACGGCCGCCCGGCGAGCAUGGUGUCAGGGCGUAGAUUAUCACUUUAUAGUCAUGCUGCGUGGUGUUGAUCUCAUGCGUAAAUUGCUGCAAACGUCCCUAGUCAUAUCUACCCGUAGGAUUGCAAAUACUGCUUUCAAUAAACACUUGUUCAUCACAAAUGUAACACUGUCUCUUUCUCUCUCAGGUAUGGGUGAUGUCCUUCAGCAACAUCAUAAUAUUGCAUACAAACAGCAGGCAACUUGGGAUAUAACCCGAACACGACACAUGACCUGUACUGGGAUGACUGUAGGUGCUCUUUGCCAUCACUGGACAGUGAUGUUGGUGACACUGAGACAGGUGGUGGUGUUGUGUGUAGUGUCUGUGGUAGUGAACGGCCACGACUGGGGAUGGGGAAAGUGUCCCCGUGUCGACCACUCGCCCAACCUCUCCUCUGACCAGCUGCUGGGUCAGUGGUAUGUGAUAGAACAGUUCGACACAUCAUCCACCUGCCUUACUCUGAACUACACACGUGUGUCGCCAACUCAGCUCAAAGUUACCAAGUCUCGUCAACUGGUCCUGCUGGAUUCACUUAGAAUCGAACACACCAACUCUUACACCGGCACGCUGGACAUUCCUGACGGUGAUAAGAGUGGGAAAAUGCGUGUCAAAUGGCCCCUAAAUAUUGCAGGUAAGGCAGAUUAUAUUGUCUUUGAUACUGAUGGCAGUAGUUAUGCAGCAGUAUUUGAGUGUCAACAGUUAACCAGAAUUGGGCAUCGCGCCUCUGCCACCAUCCUCUCCAAAACACCCACCCUUGAUGCAGCCAUUAUUGCCGAGAUAAAGAAGAAAAUGACAGACCAAGGCCUUGAUACUCAUGACUUUGAUGUCAUCGACCACUCUGUAUGUAUUCGUCGUGAGGACUCGGACCUCAACAUAAACAUUGAUGAGGACACUUUCAAGAAGAUUAUAGGUGAUGCCUCUGACAGCUUCAAGACAAUUGCAUCUCAGGUGAUGACAUUCUUGCAGGUGGCGAAUGGUGCCAGCAACUUCGCUGACACUGUAGUGGACGUGACCCGACGCCUAGGUGCCUCAACAAAUGGCUCAUCAGACACCAGUGCAGCUGUACUAGUAGACCCUGAUGUUGAACUUCUUGCCUAGACAAUCAUACCCAUCUUAGAGGCCUUUGGAUGUAAGAUGUAUUGAUGUGCAGGAAAUAUCAUUAAUAUUAACUAGGUAGAAGUGGAAAACAGUGACAUUUAAGUUGAGAUGAUGGGAGGGUGAAAAAGAAUGAAAUUAGGCAGGAUGAAGGUAGGGAGGAUGAAUAUUACUUAAUUGUUAGGAGAAUAAAAAUGGAAUUAUUAAGUAUUUUAUACAGGAAUAUGAAUAGAAAAGAUGGAGGGCACAGCUGAGGGUUUUUGAAAAGCAGACACAAUGAAGGAAUUACAGAUGAAGAAAAAGUUGAGUGUAUAGCACAUAUAGUACAGUAUAGCUACCCUAUGCGAUUUGUAUAGAAAUUAACAGAAAUAAAUUGAGAAGAGUAAAAGGAGAUGUUUCAUUGUAGACCGGCCAUAAACAGCUGUGAAUUUCUGAGAGUACUCUAUGGUAGCUGACAUCAGCGCCUUUCUCAAACUGGUACCGUAUUCUUAUACAUUAAUUGGUGGCAAAAUGUUACCGCUCACAAAUGCAAAAAAAAAUCUAAAGCUCUAUGAAUAUUGCAAAUUAUUAUUCAUUGGUAAUCACAGUGUCCAUUUGUCUCUUCACCUUAAAUGUUUGUAUUUAUAGGAAACACUUGUGCUAUACAGUAUCUCUAUUUGUAGGCUGUUGCACAUAAGCGUACCUGUUCUUUUUGUUGAAAUAUUCGCUCUUGGUUGUGUGAGGGACCCUUUUAAGUGUAAUGGAUAUUGAAUAUUGCUGCCAUUGUAAGUAAAGUAUCAUGGUUCCUUUUGUAGCUUGGUUAUGUCAGUGUGUUGAAGACUGAUUUAUAUUACAUUCAAGAAGAAUAUAUUUUAUUGCUGCAUUUUUAUUAAGGGUCUUUGUGAUGAUAAACUUUCUUGGGAUUGCUUAAUUUGUUGUAAAAUAUAGUACAGUACAGUACCAUCUUUAAAAAUAUGUGAUUAGGGUACAAAUUUUCCAUAUUUUACAAAGGCAUUCCUUGUGCUGUAGUAUCCUGUAUUAGUUGCUUAUCACUUGUUUACAUGCUAAAAAUAGUGCUAUUUUGGGGGGUUUAAACACAAUAAAGGGGGAGAAUGUAUUAUGAUAGGGAAAUUUUACAUGGCAAUCACGAAAAAUCAUACCUAAGAUAUUAUUUGUUUACUAUAUAAUCUGUUAAAGUUUAUUGGAAUUGAAAUAAAUAUAUAAAAUGUUUUA